AUUAGUGAUAUGUUAGGAUAGGAUAGGAUAGAGUUCAUCAAAUUAUCAUUUCAAAAUCUGUAAGACUUCUUAAAAUACAAACUCAAAGAACCUUAUACUGAAAAAUUAAACAUUUUGUUUGUAAAUUCACAAAAUUUUGCCACAAUGACUGAGCACGAAAAUAGUGAGGACGAGAAUGUACCGCCUCUAAUGUCCAUCAUAGACGACCUGUUUUGUCGAUUUCGGAUCAUCUCCGUGGACGUGGAGAAGCUGCAGCGGGCCAAGUCUCAAUUGGAGAGUAUCCAGCGACGUCACACUUUCUACAACAUGUUUGGCUUCGACGAGGAGGGCAGCUUGUGUGUCAACGAGACUGACCUAAAGAUCAUGCGCUCCAAGUUAGUUGUACAGUCCAGUGGAGAAGAUGAAGAAGAGGGCAUGGGCAUGGAGGAGAUGAGUGAGGACCUGUGUAUGGUGCCCUUCGAGGAGGAUCGUUGGCAAAACUACUUUAAUGGCUUUGAGAUCCUGACCACUCCGCUGGCCACAGAUCCCAACGAGAACCGCAAAUGCAUUGAGCUGACUGAAAAUAUAGCCUGCGGCCAGGGGCUACAAAAUUAUUUGCUCAACGGUGUCCGCUGUUUCCUAAUUAAUCUCGCCAAGGGCACCCAGCAGGGCAACCAGAGCCUGAUCGUGAAGUUGCGUGAGGCGGAGAUCAAUGUGUCAAGGGAGUUCGGCUUCCCUGUGGUCUCCUCCGUCAUGGCGAUGCUCUCGCCGCGCCACCAAUACACCGGAAGCUUGAGUCCCUUGAUUCUCGCUGACGACCAGAGGUCCGUGGACCUAGUUAAGGGUAACGAGGUCAUCCUGACGGUGGAGCGUGACUUCUCGGACCGGUGCACUGCGCAUAUUAUUUACGUGAACGCUCGCUUCCUGCUCGUCGAUGUGCGGCCCUAUGACUUCAUCCUGAUCGGCGAAGAAAUCCAGCUAAUGGUACGCAGUGCCCAUAUGGAUCAUCUGAAGUGUUGUGUGGCCAAGGCCGGGGCGCUCUACGAUCAUAUGCCUCUCCUGUUUCCGGCCAGGUGCAAUCGGUUCCAGAUGUCGUACGAGGAGCUCGAGGAUUUGACCUUUGCCCGAGAGGUGGGCCUGAACGUGGUCAUCUCGCACAUUGCGGGCACUCCCAAGUACCUGGACGAUCUAGAGCAAUCGAUGGCGUCCAUGCACUGCGACGGCAUGCGGCUGUAUGCCCGAGUGCUCCUCAACGAGGUUAAUGGCUGCGACGGCGAGCUCAACUGGGCCGCCAAGCGGUACGAUGGCUUCCUGGUGGACCUGGCCCCACCGGCGAUCGUCCCGGACAUUAUGCACCUGUGUCCCGACGCCGAGUGCUUCAUGCAGCUGGCUUACGCUUCGCAAAAGCCGAUCAUCUUCGAUCCGCGGCUCUUGGACGAGCAAAAGCUGCGCGUAGAUCCGGCGCACUAUUACUACACAUUUUACUAUCCAGACAAAUACGUGGCAUCCUGCCCCCCACCGAAGCACUCCCAUUACUUCCGCUUCCUGCAAAACGCCAUUUUUCAGCAGAUCGGCCCCACGGCUGUGGCCAAGGCUCCCUACUGUGAUCGCUCCCACACGGGAGCGGAUAGCCUGGCGCGGUCCAUUGUCUUUGCCUCCAUGGAGGUUCAUGCGGUGGCCAUUGUGGUGAUUGGUGUGACCACCAGGAUGGUGCAGAAGAUCGCCCACUUCCGGCCCCAGGCACCGAUCCUCUUCGUCAGCCACAUGCGCUCCGCCGAGGACUAUGUGACCAUCUACCACAACGUCAACAUGCUGCCCUUCUACACCAAGCAAGUCCUCGAGCACAAAAGGAACAUAUUGCUGCGGGCCAUGUACGCUCUGGCCUUCUUGUCCAAGCGGAAGAUCGCCAAGCAGAACGAUCCCAUUGUCCUGGUGUAUAACUACGAGGAGGGAACGACCUUCCCCGAAAGGUACAUCAUCUACAAGAUGGACCGACAAAACUUUGCCGCGCACUUGCGAAAAACUCUUUUCCCAGCGGACGAAGGCAUUAAGGGUUUCUCCGAGGCCUCGAAAUAAUUGAAAGUUUCAGUUUAUGCAGAAGAUAAUUUAUUUGGUUUGGUGAAUAAUCGGAAUGUUAUGUGUUGUUGCCUUAGAAUAUAAAAAAACAGAUACAUUCAAA